AUGAGUCGUCAGCUGGCAGGUGCUUUUUGGAAAUCGAUCGUCGCCCCCCUGCUCCGACGUCUAAGCCGGGACCCAGCGACCUUCUCCCAGGAGCUCAGCACCGUCGUGGGCGAGACCCUCGAGGUGCUCCCCGGCCGCAGGGCCAACGCCCAGCGCCUGCUCGACGUGGCCGCGCGCCAGCUCGUCUGCCCACGGUUCCAAGACUUCGAGCUCGUCGGCAUGAUCGGCAGGGGGAAGUUCUCCGACGUGCACCGGGCCCUCUGGAACGAGGGCGAUCGCGAGGUGGCGCUCAAGCGCAUCAAGGUGUGCGACAUGGACGCGCAGGCCCGCCGCGAGGUGGAGGCGGAGGUGCGCAUGCUGCGGUCGCUGCAGCGGCCGACGAUCAUCUCGUACCUCAGCUCCUUCUUGGAGAACAACGAGCUGGUCAUCGUCCUGGAGCUGGCCGCGCACGGGGACUUGUCGAACCUGCUCGGCAACCUGAAGCAGGACAGGAGGAGCCUUUCGGAGCUGCAGAUCUGGGCGUGCCUUUUCCAGGUCAGUGACGGGCUGCAGCAUAUGCAUUCCCUCCGGGUCAUGCACCGCGACCUGAAGCCAGCGAACAUAUUCGUGUGCGACAAGGGUGUGGUGAAGCUGGGAGACUUGGGCCUUGGAAGGCAGUUCAGCUCCAACACGUACGUGGCACACUCCGUUGUCGGGACGCCCUUUUACAUGUCCCCCGAGGUCAUCACGAGCUGCGGGGGAUACGCCUUUGAGUCCGACAUCUGGAGCUUAGGCUGUAUUCUCUACGAGCUGGCCACCCUGACCAGCCCCUUCUCAGGCCAAGGGCUGAGCUACUAUGCCCUAGGCAACUGCAUCAGCCGGGCCGAGUAUCCGCCGCUGCCCGGAAGCACGCCGCAGUGCGUCUGCGACCUCUGCGGCAAGAUGAUACAGGUGGCGCAGAAGGCGCGGCCCUGCGCCCGCGAGGUGUGCCGAGAGGCCGAGGCCAACAUGGCGCGGUGCCUCUGCGAGGAGGGCGGCGGCUCGCCGGUGGGCCCGAUGGCCGACGACCCGCCCGAGAAGCGGCUGGCGCGGGCCGCCAGGGUGAUCAACGGAAUUCUGCCGGGGGCCUCUCCGUCUCGCCCGCCCCGGCCGCACCCCGCCGCGGCCGCACCGCCGCCCUGCGGCGGGCAGCCUGGCGCACACCGCCCCUCCGGCCCGCGCAGGCAGCGGGACCUCGGCCACCAGCAGCCCGCUUCCCUGGACGGUCGGCGGCCCGCGCAGCCCGCGCCGCCCAAGGGGGCGGUCAGCUGCAAGGCCCCGCGCCCGGUACGCUCGCGCUCGGGCGGCCUGUGCGCGGGCGACGCGCCGCGGCCCGAGGCCUCGCCGCGGGAGGCGCUCGGGGCCGGCCUCCGGCGUACCUCGUCCCGGGGCAAGGCCCUGGACGGCGACGACCCCUGCUCGCCGACGUACCCGCCCCGCGGCUCGGUGGGCCGAUCCUCGUCCGUGCCGCCGCUGACGCUGGAGCUCCAGGGCGGGCGCAAGCCGCGCAGUCGGGCGUCCAGAGAAGCUGGGGCGAGGGUGCCCGCUGUGAGCAAGCUGGCGCGCCAUGCGCGGCCCUUGCCAGGCCUCGGCUCGAACGUGGGGCAGGGAGAGGACGAGCAGCAAAACGACUUGAGAGACUCGGACCUGCGAGGUACGUCCAUGGAGGGAGUGAGGGACACUGAGAAGAUCCUCGCUGCCAUGCGUGACAUGAUCGCUUCUCUGUCGUCGUCGGUCGCCGGCCUGUCCAGUCAGUUGAAUCUCGGCGUGCAGGAGAUUAACCAACAGAUCUCGGGAAUCCAGGGUCAGAUGAUUGCAGCUGAGAAGAACUUCCAGACACUUCAGCAGGCACACACGGAACUGGCAAAACAGACGGCAGCUAAUUUCGAGCAGAUGCGGGUGAUCCACGAACAGGCCCUCCUGCAGUGCAUUCAGGACCGUGAGACCGCAGAAUCCGCUCUCCGUGAUGAGUUCAAAGGAAUGAUCCAGACGAUGCGUGGCGAGAUCCAGUUUGAUUACACCACGCAAGUGACAGUGCUUUAUCCUUCUCGCCGCCUGCUGGGGAAGCUGGCGGUGUCUACCGUCCUGUACCUGGGUACCUCCCACGGGUGGGCGAAGAUCGGCCACCCGUUGUGCACGGGCGUCCAGUACCCUGCGCCCGCCGCGCCCCCGGGCGGCGCCUCCGUGCGCGGGCCCUCGCCGCGGGUGGCGCGCGCCUCCGUCUGCGAGGCGAGCUGGCGGGACGCGCCGGUGCCGAGGUGGUCCGUGGAUCAGGUCGUCGGGUUCCUCAGGGACCUGGAGCUCGGGUCCCUCGAGAGGAGGUUCCGCGGCGACGCGGUGAACGGCCACAUGUUGCUGCAGCUCACGCAGGAGGACCUGCAGCACGAGCUCGGGCUGUCCAAGCUGCAGGCCUGGAAGGUGGUCCACUAUUUGCCCGCGAACCCCGGCGUCUCCACUACUUACCCGCUACAGACCGCCAACCCGCCGCUGCCUCCGCUGACUCUGGUGACGCCGCGCGAGAGCGCUGACCGGGGUGCGCUGCUCCCCCCCGUCGUGUCACCCCCGCCGGUGCCGCCGCGCACCGGCCGUCACCCCGGCGCCCUUCCGCCGCCGCUCGAGAGCCUGGGCUGAACCCGCCGCUCGCGCGCGGUGCGCGGCACAGCCAAA